AUGGCGUCCAAACCGAACAAAUUGGCGUUCCUUUCAAUGCCAGCACCGGCUUCCUAUGUCGCUGGUCUCGGACGAGGUGCUUCGGGAUUUACGACCCGAUCUGAUAUUGGUCCUGCGAGGGAGGGUCCUUCUGCGGAAGUGAUUGCCGAAGCCCAAGCUCGACGCGGUGAAGAGGCUGAGGUGGACCCAGAACAAUUCCAGGAUCCCGACAAUGAAUACGGUCUCUUUGCUGGGACAACGUACGAGCAAGAUGACGAGGAGGCAGACAAGAUAUAUCAGCAGGUUGACGAUGCUAUGGAUGCAAGGCGAAAGGUCCGGCGGGAGGCCCGUGAGGCAAUCGAACUCGCACAACAUCGAGCAGAGCGUCCCAAAAUUCAACAACAGUUUGCGGAUUUGAAACGAGGUCUCAGUGCUGUGACAGAUGAAGAGUGGGAAAGCUUGCCAGAGGUCGGAAAUUUGACUCGCAAGAAACGCCGAAAGCAAGAAAGGACUUUUGCGGUACCCGAUAGCGUUUUGGUUGGCGACCGGGCCAAGGGAGAAUUCGAAAAUUCCCUUGACAGCAGGCAACAAGAGUAUGGUGGUUUUGAGACACCAGCUGACUCCGGCACCAUGACCAACUUCGUGGAAAUCGGUCAAGCGCGAGACAAGAUUCUCUCCCUCAAACUUGACCAGAUUUCUGGCACUGCGACCUCUGGAACGAGUACCUCGGUGGACCCGAAAGGCUACCUGACGUCUUUGAACAGCGUCGUGCUGAAAUCGGAUGCUGAAAUUGGCGACAUCAAGCGAGCCAGGAUGUUGUUCGACUCCUUGGUUAAAUCAAAUCCUAAGCACGCUCCGGGUUGGAUUGCAGCCGCGUGCCUGGAAGAACAUGCCGGUCGAAUGGUCGCUGCUCGUAAAUUGAUCAAUGCUGGUUGUGAGCAAUGUCCCAAGAGCGAAGAUGUGUGGCUAGAAGCUGCGAGGCUACAUAACAAUUCCGAUGCCAAAGUUAUCCUGGCAAAUGCGGUCCAACAUGUUGCCCAGAGUGUAAAAAUCUGGCUAGCCGCCGCAGAUCUCGAACAGGACACAAAGGCCAAGAAACGAGUCUUGCGCAAAGCUCUUGAACACAUUCCCAACUCUGUUCGGUUAUGGAAGGAAACUGUCAACCUUGAAUCGUCCGCUGCUGAUGCCCGGAUCCUUCUAUCUCGCGCAGUCGAAGUCAUACCAUCGUCUGUCGAACUCUGGCUUGCGCUUGCACGACUGGAAACCCCUGAAAACGUGAAGGGUGUCCUAAAUAAAGCUCGCAAAUCAAUUCCAACGUCCCAUGAAAUUUGGAUAGCUGCUGCGCGCCUCUUGGAACAAGAAGCUCAAACUAAAGCUGGCGCGGCUCGUGAGGAAAAUAUGGUUUUGGUAGACAAGACGAUUCUUGGCGCGGUCAAGGAGCUUCGGAAGCACCAAGUCAUGCUUACGCGUGAGCAAUGGCUCAAAGAAGCUGAGCGUUGUGAGACGGACGGGUCCUUGAGAACCUGCGAGGCUAUUGUAAAGGCCACUAUUGGUAUGGAGGUCGAAGAAGAAGAUCGACUGGACACAUGGGUCGGGGACGCGGAGGCUGCAGAAGCUAAAGGCAUGGUGGGAACAGCUCGUGCAAUAUUGGCUGAAGCACUCCGUGUAUUUCCUGGCCGGAAGUCGUUAUGGAUUCGUGCCGCCGAACUUGAAAAGGCUCAUGGUAACAGUGAGAGUUUGAACGCCAUCUUGGGUCGGGCCGUCGAGCAUUGUCCGCAAGCUGAAGUUCUUUGGUUGAUGGCCGCCAAAGAAAAGUGGAUUGGCGGGGAUGUCCCAGCUGCUCGCGAUAUUCUUGAACGAGCAUUCGGCGCUAACAAGGAGAGCGAGGCCAUAUGGCUGGCUGCAGUUAAGCUUGAGGCAGAAAACAACGAAUUGACGGUUGCAAGACAGCUCCUUGUCCGCGCGAGGGAUGUGGCUGACACAGAACGAAUUUGGAUGAAAUCUGCUGUCUUCGAACGCCAACAGGGUCAACUUGAUGCAGCUUUGGAAACUCUUGCGACUGCAUUGAAAAAAUUCCCCAAAUUUGCCAAGCUUUAUAUGAUCCAGGGCCAAAUAUUGCAAUCACAAGGCAAUUUUGUUGCCGCACGGGCUGCGUUCGCUGCUGGUGUCAAAGCAUGUCCGAAGGAGCCAACGCUCUGGAUUCUGGCUAGUCGAUUGGAGGAAGUCGAUAAUAAGAGUAUCAAGGCUCGCGCCGUUCUGGAGAAGGCGCGACAGGUGAAUCCCGCCACCGACACUCUUUGGGCAGAAGCUGUUGGCGUGGAGGAAAGGUCCGGUGGUACUGCCCAAGCAAAAGCCAUGCUUUCUCGCAGCUUGCAAGACUGCCCUACCUCGGGACUGCUUUGGUCAAUGGCGAUUUGGGCCGAACCAAGACCAACACGGAAGAGUCGCUCGGUCGAUGCUUUGAAGAAGAGCGCAGACAAUCCUCUCAUCAUCUGCACUGUUGCCCGUCUAUUCUGGGCGGAACGUAAAAUCGAAAAGGCCCGGCAAUGGUUUGGACGAGCUGUUGCAACUGACCCCGAUCUCGGUGAUUCAUGGGCUUGGUGGCUCAAGUUUGAACGACAGCAUGGAACUGAGGAACAUCGGGAGGAAGUCCGCAAGAAAUGCGUGGCUGCCGAGCCGCACCAUUCACCCAGGUGGCAAUCGAUAGCCAAAGACCUUGCUAACACGGGGAAAACUACGGCGCAGAUUUUGGAACUAGUAGCUGAUUCCCUCACUGAAUGA